AUGAUUGCUUUAACAGAAUCCUUUACGGUGUUUGGAACUAUAAAAUAUUGCGGUCAACAUUCAGCGGUUCGAUGUGGUCAUAUUUGUGGACGUUUUAGUUAUCCUGGUAUUAUGGAAGCAGCAUAUGGUAAAAAAGGAUAUUAUUUACUAUCGCUAUUACAAUUUAUGUACCCAUUUUUAGCGAUGAUUUCUUAUAAUGUGGUUGUAGGUGAUACACUAUCAAAAGUUUUAGUACGUUUUGUACCAUCAUGGGGUUCAUCAAUGGGUGCUGUUAGAUUAUUGGUGGUAUUUUUCGUUACUGUUUGUAUAGUUAUACCACUAUGUUUAUAUAAAAAUGUAUCUAGAUUGGCGAGAGCUAGCUUUAUUAGUUUAGCUUGUGUUGUGUUCAUACUAUUUGCAGUUAUAAUAAAAUUAAUUUCUGGAGAGUAUAAUGUACCUGAUACACCAGAUUCAUGGCGAUUUGCAAAUGUUGAUGUUAUUCCAGCAACAGGAAUCAUGGCUUUUGCUUUUAUGUGUCAUCAUAACACAUUUCUUGUUUAUCAAUCGAUGAGAACAGCAACACUAGAAAGAUGGGAGAAAGUCACACAUAUAUCAGUUGGAUUUGCAUGGUCUGUAGCUGCAUGUUUUGGUAUUGCUGGUUAUUCAACAUUUCGAGCAUUGUCACAAGGUGAUCUACUGGAAAAUUAUUGUUGGAAUGAUGAUUUAAUGAAUUUUUCAAGGAUACUCUUCUCAAUAUCAAUUUUAUUAACAUUUCCAAUUGAAUGUUUUGUAUCAAGAGAGAUUGUUAAAACAAUUGUUCAUAAAUUCAUACUUAAAGAAGAUAUUGAAUUUAGUCAAGUUGAUAAGGAUCCAAGUGCAGAAAAAGGUAUUGGAGAAAAAGAUGAAUAUGCAAGAUCAAUAACAUUGGCAAUUGUAUUUACUGCAUUUAUAUUAUCACCAUUAACUGAAUGUUUGGGACCAGUUUUAGAAUUAAAUGGACUUUUGGCCGCCAUUCCAUUAGCAUAUAUUUUACCAGGAUUAGCUUAUAUACAAUUGGGACCGCAUCCACUUAAAAGUAGAGAAAAAAUGCCAGCAUUAGGUUUAGUUAUAUUUGGUGGAAUUGUAACAGUAGCAGGUGCUGCUGUUCUAAUACCAGGAUUAUUAGGUGAUUGUCGUGGUGAUAUUGUUAUGGAUUAUUGUAAACAAGAUGAAGAAACAUGGAAUUCAAAAAACAUAUCAUUAUUAUUAACAACAACAACAACAAUGCGUCCAAAUUAAAAAAAUAUUCAAUAUUAUAUGUAUGUAUAUUAUAUAUGUAUAUAAUUUUAAGUCACACACCGUACUAAAUGUGGUUCAAAUCUACAUUCGUAUGUGUGCCUGUAUAUUUUAAUGAAGAAUAUUUUUUCUUUGAAUUUAAGAUUUUAUUUUAAUCUACUUAGUAUACAAUAUAACUUGUGUACCUAUACACA